AUGCCAAAGGAAAGAGAAAAGAGAGGAAAGAAGGAAAGAGAAAGGGAAGGAGAAGGGAAGGAGCGCGAAAGGUUGGUGGUUUCCAGGCUGGGAAAGGUGGAAAGUAGCAAGAUCCCGCCCGCAAGAGAUCGCGAAUUGAAAGAGGGCCAGGUGGAGGUGGUCCAGUCCGGCGGGUCAACGAUCGGCGUAGCAAGGCCGUAUCAGAGCCUUGAGCAAGGAGGGUGGGCGCAGUGGUGCAGUGGUUGCAGAAGGGCCAGCGAGGUUGGGGUGGCCUCGACCACAGGCGCCUUGGCACCGAGUGCACCGGGCCCCGGGGCUGCGGUGGUGGGCUGCUUGGUUGGGGUGUACCCGUGUUCUCCCUCCUCCACGGGGCCCAGGGGCCCCCUAACUCAUCACCUCCAGGCUAUCCCGAGUCAGCAACAGCCGAUCGGUUGCCGUGCCUGUUGCUGCGCGCAUAGCAAUCACCAGCCAGCUUCGGUCCAGCUUACCAGCCAGCGGGGCGGCCUAUCGCUGAGGGUAGCGAGGGUGGCGUCCACCACCUCCGUCCGAGCCGCCCCCUACGCCCACCCCCAGCACCAGGGGCUGGGGCAGGAGUGCAGGUGUAGGGAGGAGACGGGGGCAUUGGGUGGAGGUGGUGCGCACAUCCUCGGCAGCCCGAUGCUGUUCGUCCCGUUCACGGUGCCCACCUUCCCCGCCACGCAUCAUCAGACGACCCAUCCUGCGCAUCAGACGCAUCAUCAACAGCUGCAGGCCACUACCCAGAACCCGGUGCAGCAGCCUCAACAACUCACGCAGCUCAAUCAGCUGAGCCACCUGAAUCACCAAGGCAUUGUACCGGCCACGACCAACCAACCGACCGUACACAGCACCAGCUGUUCGCCGCAGCAACAAGCAACCACACCGAAUAAGGAGAUGAAAGUUAAUUGGGCCACGUCUCCGGGAAACCAACCAAAGCAAGACACCAGCAGUAAGUAUCGUGUAACGUAUAUUUCGUUAUGUUGGUAACACGUUUUUUCUAUC